AUGAUGUGUCCUCUUACCUCGGAGGCACCGGCAGUAAAUGAAGCGGUACCAACAGCAGUCAACCAUGUUCAGACAAAAGCACCACCGGAGGCCGUGAGGCGGAAAGUCCCACUGGUUAUUUUGAAACCGGCACCAAGCAAUGCGCAAAUUCCGACUCCAUUGGCCCCAAUCGCGACUACAACAGCUGAGUCAGUCAAGCCACCGUUGGACAAGAACACGUUUGGUCAUUUGCGUAAAAUGGAUACGGCAGCCGGGGACAACAUAUAUAAUCCCCAACCAGUGGACCAGGCGUCACGUGAAUUGGCUCAAGGUGAAGCCAGACCAGCCACGUGGCCUGACCUCUACUGGGCUUUGAUUGGUCAAAGGAAUUUUAAUACGGAUGAGGAAAAAGUGCGAGCAAUAUUCUCGUGGCUUUGUUCAAUUCCAUUGGAUCAAGAUGCCUUUAUAACACACGAAGAAUUAGAUGAAGCCAUCAAAUCCGGGGUCGAGCACGCUAAAGAAGCCAAAAAGGCCAAAUCGAAAUCACCGAAUCCAGAUUCGCCUGAAGUGGUAGUCAACGAUUUGACGAGAGGAAAAUCUACUUAUCUGCGGGCAUUUGAAUCUUUAUGUCGAUAUUCGAACAUUCCAUGCUGUGCGGUCAAAGGGUUGGCAAAAGGUGUGGACUACACUGUUGGCAUGAAAUUAGUUGAUCAGACCCCCUUAGAUAGUACAGACACAUCACUCACUCGAUUACAUCACGCCUGGAGUGCAGCCUACAUGGACGGUAAAUGGGGCUUGUUCGAUUCGAUGUGGGCAGCGGAACGUCUGGCAAUGAGUGCGAAUGUGCGACUAUCGCAGAUCGCUCAGGCUGGCCGUAUGGACUACGAGACAGAUAUGUUCUACUUCAAUGCGGAUCCGGCCAAAUUUAUCUAUUCACAUUAUCCGUUCAACGAAGAAUGGCAACUUUUACAUCCGCCAAUGUCAUUUAAGGAAUUUCAAGACAGCGUGCUCCUGAAACCGGCAUUCUUCACCUACGGCCUGGGCUUGUUCUCGCAUCAAGAAGGUGUUAUUCAAGUGCAGAACAAACUCAUCCUGAAACUGUCUAUUCCACGUGAUUUGGUCAACGUUUUGCUGUUCACUUUCAACCUGAAAUUGGACGGACGCGACGAGAUGUUUGAUGGUGUCAACCUAUCCAGGUUUGGUAUGCAUGAAAUAUCGCAAAGCGAGUCGGUGGUGACUUUCAGUUUUCGUUUCCCGAAAUCAGGAGCAUACAAAUUGACCAUCUACGCCCGAAAGAAAGGAGAUCCGCUGUUCACUGACAUUUGUGAAUAUCGCGUCGAGGCUGGCUCGACAAAUGUUGACGGAGAAUCCGCGAACCGUGGCAGCAUCAAUUUACCCCCAUUCCCGCCUACGUCUCAGUCAAAUUACGGACCAACGGAAAAGGCAACCGAACUGAAGAUUAAGACAGUUGUUCCCAAUUUGGAGGCGCAAUGUAAAUGUGCUACUGGUGUGUUUGAAAUCCGUUUCACAUCGUCCGAACCGGGAUUACCGCUACCCAAACUCACAGCCCGACUCAAAUCGCUGUUGUUCGAUGCGGCCGUUCUGAUUGAUUGUCUGUUGAUCCGCAACACAGAGGCUCCAUUACCCACAACGAUGACCUCGCUUAUGAGUCAAGGAUCAGUUUCCGUAGGUGGUGCAGCCGCAGUCCCCAUGGUCGCGAUUACUGCCUACUUACCGGCUGCGGGUGAAUAUGCGUUAGAGGUUUAUGGAGCUCCACCGGAUGCAGACGAAAAUGCUUCUUAUUUCCUAGUAUGGCAACUGUUGAUUGAUGCCGAGUGUGGAAUAAAACUGUCCACCCCAGUUCGGAAACGCCUAGCCACCACGGAUCUGGGCCCGAAAGACGAGACUUGGAACGAGUUAGGCUUAAAAACGGUCAGUCAUCCGGAUCCUCUCAUCCAAGUACCCACAGUCGCAUUGGCCUCAAUGCAAAAGACGAAGAGUAAAAGUGAACUGAUUCAACAAUAUGUAGCCAAAGCAGAACGAAGGGAGCGUUUGCAAAAGCAACAACAGGGAGAAGAGGACGAGCAGGCAGUGGAUCAGUCGAUCUCAAUGGACGGGAGCUUNGGAGCUUGA